UUAUUUAUUACUACGCUGAAGAAGAAAACAAUUAUUUAAUAGUGAAAUUUUAAAAUAAGUUAUAAUGAAAAUAGUUUGUAACGUUUUUGUGAGCAAUCGAUUAUUACCAUCAUUGGCUGUUAGCAGAUCUAGAAAACACGUUAAGUCUACACUGGCUCUCUGUAAACAUCCAAAAUCUGAAGAAUAUUGUAUUAUAUUAUUUUCUGGACAGAAUAAGAAUGGCACAAAAUACAGUUUGAAAGGCAACGUUAAACAAGUGCUAACAAAAUUUGCACAUGAAGGAAAGUGUACGAUACAAUUUAACAAACCUGAACACGAUUUAUUUAUUCAGUCUGAUGUAAUUCAAUUAAAAGGAUUUUUACAUAUUCUUAAACGGGCUUUAGAGAAUAAAAUAUCACAGAACGAGCUGACUUAUUCCAGUAUGGCUGUAACACCAGUGAAACAAAAGGAUAUUGCUCCAACAAAAUUGGUUAUAGCAAAACGUUCUGACUAUCCCAUAAGAGGAUUUCCAAGAACUUUGGAGGAGUUACAUAUCAACGACAUUCAGAGAUGUGGAAUUGAUAGGGGUAUUAUAAAUUUGGUGAAUUUGAGAAUAUUAGAUUUAAGUAAUAAUUGGAUAGAAUUUAUACCUGAAGAUUUAAGUAAUCUCACAAACUUAAAAGAAUUUAAUAUUUCUCACAACAUUUUGGCUAGAAGUACUCCAAAGCAAUGGAAUUGGAUGGGAGGAAACUUGUCGAAGAGUUUGUUACUUUUGGAUGUAAGUUAUAAUGAACUAACUUAUAUUCCCAAUCAGAUAUGUAAAUUGCACAAACUUACAACUUUAAAUUUAAACAAUAAUUUAAUUAAAACUUUACCAGCUGGCAUAGGAAAUCUCAGAAAUUUAAAAAUAUUUUCAGCAUCCAAUAACUUUUUAGUAGUUCUUCCUGGUAGUAUAAAAAAAUUAAGACUGCAUUCCAUAGAUAUAUCAAAUAAUAACUUCGAACAAUGUAUACCCAAUGGAGCUGGUGUCUUCCCAAAACCAUUGCCAGUCUGCACAUUAAAAGAAUAUGCAUCCAGAAAAGUGCUUGGUGCACGUCUAAUAUAUUUUUCAGGAAAUUUACCUUUAACAUUAGUAAAUUAUUUGGAUAAUGCCAAAUAUUGCGUAUGCGGCAAAGCCUGUUUUGAAGUAUACCUAAGGAGUUCUCACAACUUAUUACUAGGAAAUAUAGCAGAAAGUGUUAGUAGUUCUUUUGGUGACAUGUAUGUUCCAAUUGAUUGUUACUUUUGCUCAUUAAAGUGCUCCAGUCUGGCUUACCAGAAUAGGAGUCGGCACCCAAUAGUUAGGUAGGACGCAAUUGAUUUAAAUUAAUGGUUUAGUUUCCAAAAUGAAAUGAAGUGGUACGUUAAACCUCUUUUAUUGGUGUGCUGUUAUUUAAAUUAAAGUGAAAUUAAGAGUGUCAGUGAAUAUUUAUAUAAAUACUUAGAACCGACACAUCUUUUCUUUCAAAUAAUCAUGUGAAACAAAAAGGUACCUAUAUAUGAAAAUGAAGCUCGUGAAAAUAUGUACCUAUAUUUUUUAACUUUUUACUUUUGUAUUAUACCAGUAUAACCAUAUAAAUCGGAGUGUAUUUAACGUUGGCGAUUAUAGUGAAACCUAGUUAUAAUCCUAUACCAAUUUUUAAUAGGUAUUUAAUUAUUUCCAUAUUUGUAAUGAGAUUUGUAUGUAGAAUCUUUGCAAUUUUCGCAUUUAUAUACUUGCUAUAUAAAACAAAUAUUCAUAUUCAACGAUUACAUUAUUAUAAUAAUUGUUCUGGAAUUUGAAAUGAUGUACCUACCUAUUUUGUGCUUGUAAAUUUCUUUUUUUGUUAUAGAAAAACAUUUUUUGUUAUAUCAAAUUUUAGUGAAUGAUACAUCGAAGUUUCCUUCCAUUAAUAUAUUUGUAUAGGUAAUCAUUAUGGAUUGGGAUAUGUGAAUUUUUAAGUAAUAGUUUAUUUUUAUUAUCUUUAUUAAUGAGGCUGAGAUAAUUAGUUACAUAGGCAUAGUGUUAGGGUGGCUUUAUAUAAUAAAACGAGUUUGUUUCUGCAGCAUAUCGACAGUUGUGUUCAGUGCCCAUAUGCAGUUGAAAACAAAUUUAUUAUAUAUGUAUCUGCAGGCACCCCAACAUUUUUUUAUCAUUACAUAAACAAAACUACUUUUGCAGCUUGCCACAAUUGUCAUAAGUCUAACAAAUAGAAGUAUUAAAAUUUAGAUAUCUCAUUAAUUGGGUGUUGCCAACACAGAAAAAAAAAUUAAAAUAAAUAACUCGUUUUUAUAUCAAAAGGAUCACUCGAAGAGUUAAUUUUAUAAAAUUAAUUUUGCCCAACCAGAAAUAUUUCACAUUGAGAAGUAUUAAAAAUUUGUCUACUUUUUUAGUGUAAUAUUUCUGAAUAGGCGAAACUAAAUUUGUAAAAUCAACCCUUUGACUAAUUUUUAUUCUAAAUUCUAUAAGUUUUUUUCGGCAUGUCAGAAAUACCCGAUUAAAAUAAAAUAUAAAAUUCAGUUGUUUUGCCAUUAUUAAUAAAAAAAUUGACUCAAGUUUGAUGUUUUAUCACAAUUUUUAAUAACUAUGAUUUUUUCUGGGUGAAAUCUGAGACAUAUGAUGAUACUUACAAUUAGAUGUAUAAUUGUCAUCAUUUUCUACUAUUAUUUAUUUUUAUUUUUCAAUAGAUCUGUAUCAUGGAAACUUUAAAGAUGAACAAUAAUUAAUUUAUUUAUGUAAUUUUAUAUUUUUUAUAAUAAUUUAGACUGAAUUAAGCAAUAACAAUAAUUUCUUUUUAUUUCAAGUAUUUGCAGCUGGACACAUAUUACUUAGGUUCUUUUUAUUAUUUCACUCUCAUUACAGUUUUAAGUUUAGCAAUUGGUGCAGAAUAAAACAAAGAAAAUUAAAUAUUUGGAGUACCUAUAGUUGUGCACGUAUACAUAUUUGAUAUUAUUGAUAUUUGAUAUAAGAACUGCACAUAAAGUAGUAACAAACUGUGAUAUCAUUGCUACACAAAUAUGGAGAAGUUGAAAAUUCACUGCAUGUAGAUUUUGGAAUAGACUAGAUUAUUUUUCAUUGACUGUUACUUGCAUAUGAAUUGUAAUGUAAGAUCUGUGAUUUAUAAAAUUUGUAAUAAUGGCUUCUAAAGAGAUUAUAUGCAUGAAUUUAUAACUCUUGAAUGUAAUUUUAGCUAUUAAGAAUAUUUAAUAUGUUUCUAAAUUAUAAGUGUUUUAUAGUAACUCUUUGACAUAUAGAUACUACUUUAGCAACUCUACAUUUACAAUAUUUAAAGGUGUUCUUUUUUGACGAUAAGGUUGAAUGUAAUUGAUAAUUUUUUGUAACAUUUAUGCAUUGUACUUUAAUUGAUAGUACAAAGGAUGAUUGUGCCUUAAUAACAUUUAUUUAUUGCUUAUUAUCAUUUGAUUUCGAUACAACUAAAUGAAUUUGUCCCAAAUUUUUGAUGUCUGAAUGUUUAAUGUAGGUUUUUGAGAUUGUUUAUUGUAAAGUGUGUCAAUUUUUAUAUAAAAAAAAUAAAUAUAUUGUUGUGUACUAUUAAAAAGCACAAGAAUAUAUUUAUAUGUUGCUUAUCUUAAUAUUACAAUUUUAAAAAAGCUUCUAAAACGAAAGGAGUUUUAACCAGAGGGAAACCUAAAUUAAUUUUAACUAGUAGGUGCCCUCCUUGUCUAUUUUAGGACAAGCCAUACUGGGUAGGACUCCUGGACAUCAUGACUGAAUAUUUGUGCUAACAAUUUCGACAUUACAAGUGUAUUUUUAAAUGUAUUUAACUCCUCUGGCCUUUUGUCACGUUUUUUGAAUAAAUAUAAUGUGUAAUAUUA